CUGAAAAUCCUGGAGACGAGUCUUAUUUUUUCGCGCAUCUCUAAGUGCGCUGAACUUGUCCUGCGGCUUGUUUUCGGUUCGCUUCCUCCGUUUUGUCGCGUCAGGAGAGAUUGGCAUUUUCGAGACGAUUCAGAAAAAGAAAGCUGAAUUUUUUACUGCCGACGCGACGUGCACGCGUUUUUUUCCAACGAAAAAAUUGGGACUGCCUUUGCCUGUCAGCUCAGAUAUUUGCCUUCUUCCAUGUGUGGCAUUGCAUUCGUCCUAGGCUCUAAUGGUCCUUCCGAGAGGAGUAAUAUAUGGUCAGAACUAUGCGAGCUGAAUACAAAGCGAGGCCCGGACGCUCAAAAUUCCCAUUCUGUUCCCAUUGGCCAGGAUAGUACCGGCAAUGAAGUGCAAAUGGUAUUCUUUGGCGCUGUUUUACAUUUGCGUGGAAAAGAAAAUGUGCCACAGCCUUUGGUAGACGAGAGGAAAGAUGUCUUGUGCUGGAAUGGAGAGAUCUUUGGUGGAAUCGAGGUUAAACCGGAAGAAAAUGAUACCCAAAUGCUCAUGAGAGAACUUGAGCAGAUCAAUGAAAUUGAAGAUGACUGGUCUGACAGUCAAGUACUGGAUGUAUUACAACGAAUUGAAGGCCCGUACAGCAUUGUGUUCUGGCAAGCUUCAACAGCCCGACUAUGGUUUGCUAGAGACUGUCUUGGUAGAAGAUCUUUGCUUUGGCAUAAACCAACAGAAUUUGACGAUAGUUUUUACUUGUCGUCAGUGUCAUCCUCACCAAAUAUUACAGAGAAUGGCAACUUUUGGGAAGAAGUACCGGCGGAUGGCGUAUAUUGUAUUCACAUUGACAAACUGAUUGGAUCUUCUGGUACAAACAGUAUAUCCGAUUGUAUAUCGCAUUUCCAGUGGCGCCAUCCAGAUGAUAGCAGCGAUGGCUAUAGCAGCCGAUUUCUGGCACUACCAUUUUCCAAAGUUAAUCCUGACGUGCCUGAAACCUUGACGACUGAGGAUAUAGCUGUACCUGAGGACUUUGUUCCUGCAAUUUCAGACGAAAUGGACCGAGCGAUAGAUGAACUACACUCUGUCUUGGGUGAUUCAGUUCGAAGAAGGGUUAUUGAUGUACCAAAUCAUAUAUCUAGAGAAACAACCAAAGUAGCCAUUUUAUUCUCUGGUGGUCUAGAUUGCUUAUGUCUGGCGGCUCUUGUAGAUAGCUAUCUUCCACAUGACCAAAACAUAGAUUUGCUCAAUGUUGCGUUCGAGAAUCCCCGCAUUAAUCAAAAUAAGAAGACACCAGCAAACUACGAUGUCCCAGAUCGCAAAACAGGCAGAGCUAGCGUGCAGGAGCUCCGAAAUAUUGCCCCGCACCGAACUUGGAAUUUUGUGGAAAUUGAUGUACCUUAUGAAGAAGCAAUGCGGUGUCGUCAACAGAUCAUUGAUCGCAUAGUUCCUUUAGAUACCGUCAUGGAUUUGAGCAUAGCCAUGGCGUUUUGGUUCGCAGCGAGAGGAGAAGGCAUAAUAAAUCAAUCUGAUGGUAAGGAGGAGCAAUAUCACAGUAAAGCAAGAGUACUUCUCUCUGGUCUGGGAGCAGAUGAGCAACUGGGCGGAUACUCUAGGCAUAGAGAGGCAUAUCGACAAGGUGGAUGGCACCAAAUGAUUAAAGAGCUUCAAGUCGACAUAGACCGCAUAUCAUCUCGAAACAUGGGCCGUGAUGACCGCAUCAUAUCUGACCAUGGAAAGGAAGUACGAUUCCCUUUUCUCAGUACGGACGUCGUGCGGUGGAUGUGCGCAACAAGAUGUGAUCUGAAAAUGGACAUGCGUUACCCGCGAGGUGUCGGCGAGAAACUUUUGUUACGACACUUAUGUCGACGUCUGGGCAUGCACCAAGCCAGCCGAAAUUGGAAGCGUGCUAUACAGUUCGGAGCUAAAACCGCCAAAAUGACAGGGGAAACAAGAAAAGAAAAAGGCCAACAAAAAUUGGCAUAAGACCUUUGUGGUGUAAUAUUUGUUUUGUUUUAUUCUUAUAUGACCAUCCAUUUGCAUAGCUACUAUAGAAGCAACCCAAC